UGCAAUAACCAAAACAAACCAAUCAAUGAACAAAGACUAACAGCGAGAAGAAAAAUCUCCAAAAUCUAACACAGAGGGAGCAAAGUCUCUCCCUCUCUCUCUAAACAUCAGUCCAUGUCCCAAAAGGGCCCUCCUCAGUGAAGGAAAACAAAUGGAAUCGCAGAAGAAGAAGUAUGGUGGAUGGUUUUUUGGAGACAUGGGCGGUGUGGUAAUGCUACCUAAAGAGCUUGAGAUCGAAAAGGAUCCUCCUUUUGAGCUUCGAUUUCAAGUCCCAGAUUUCAGGCCUGCUGUAAAGGAUUUCUUUCAGACUAGAGAAUUCCGUGAGUUCUUGAGUGGGGCUUUAGCCGGGGCUAUGACCAAAGCUGUUCUUGCUCCUCUAGAGACCAUCAGAACAAGAAUGGUGGUUGGUGUAGGAUCCAAAAACAUUUCGGGUAGUUUCCUAGAGGUAAUUGAGCAACAGGGUUGGCAAGGAUUGUGGGCUGGUAAUGGAAUUAAUAUGCUCCGCAUUGUCCCUACGCAAGCAAUUGAGCUUGGAACUUUUGAGUGCGUCAAGCGGGCUAUGACAGUAGCACAAGAGAAAUGGAAGCAGAGUGAAUGCUUGAAGCUACAAAUUGGUCAUAUCAGUCUAGAUUUUUCUUUAUCCUGGAUUUCCCCUGUUGCCGUAGCUGGUGCAGCUGCUGGAGUUCUUAGCACACUUGUAUGCCAUCCUCUUGAAGUUUUAAAGGAUAGGUUGACUGUAAGUCGUGACGUGUACCCUAGUUUAAGCAUUGCGGUUAGCAAAAUUUACAAGGAUGGUGGAUUCGGUGCCUUCUAUGCUGGUUUGUCACCCACUCUGAUUGGCAUGCUUCCUUAUAGUACUUGUUACUAUUUUAUGUAUGAUACAAUCAAGACUUCUUACUGUCAAUCAAAGAAGAAAAAAUCAUUAAACCGUCGAGAGAUGCUUCUAAUCGGAGCUUUCGCAGGUUUUGUGGCUAGUACCAUUAGCUUUCCUUUGGAAGUUGCUAGGAAGCGACUCAUGGUGGGAGCUUUACAAGGUAAAUGUCCACCUCACAUGGCAGCUGCACUUUCGGAAGUUGUCAGGGAGAGAGGUUUUAUGGGACUUUACAGAGGGUGGGGCGCGAGCUGUUUAAAAGUCAUGCCCGCAUCUGGUAUCACCUGGAUGUUUUAUGAAGCUUGGAAGGAUAUACUGAACGGUGAGAAACGGCUCCUGUGAAAUCUGUGAUCUGCCAUUAUAAAGAUUGAGGUGAAAUAUACUAGUUAGCUCACCAGUGCAAGUCUCCAUGGUGUAGUUUAUCAAUACAGAGGAGGGCUGGUAAUUUUUUUGAUGGGCCCUUGCGAUUCCUAGCUAAUAUUGGUUAGAUGAGUUACAAUUUUGGUGCCUUCUAGAAUAAUCUAUCGGUUUCUAUCUGAUGUCUCUUCUGGUCCUUGAGAUGGAUGGCAUAUUAUAUGGAUAAGUUAAUUGGAGAGAUGAACUCCAUUAUAUAGCCUACACAAAUCAUGAGCUUAUCCUCUAUCGUUGCAAGGGUCGAAAUGUAGUCAGAUAUGACAGAGAGCUUGUAAUUGAUUCCCGUACUGUUUUGAGAGCCGGCCAGUCUGCUUGACCGUUCGGAUCAUGGACGGACCGUUUGGUCCUGUUCAAAAUUAUUAUAUGUAAUCGUUCGAAUUCGAUCUAACAUCGGUUAUCUAUGAAUUGACAAAUUUUUUCGGUUUGA